GUGACAAACACAUCGAGAGAAAGAGCUCCACUGUUUCCACAAGCGUUGCACCUAAACAACAGCCAGAUGAGCAGCGUUUGAAGCUUUUGGGGAAGUGAACCCAUGCAUGCACCGCAUACAUUAAUGUGUGUGUGAAGAUAUUUGGAUACAUUGGAGGUUUUUUCGAGGAAUUAAAAGUGGACUAAUGGAGCUGCUGGGGAACUGAGGGCUGGGCUGUGACUGCCUGCAUUGUUGCAUAUAUAUCCCGGGAUGGAAUCAUUUCACCACCUCAUUCAUCAAAGGAAUUAUUGAUUAUUACUCUUGUUUCCCGUCUCGAUGGUGCAUGAAGGGAGGGACAUGGACGGCAUCGGGAACACCAUGCAGAAGAAGGCGGCAGAGCUGGAGCGGCUGGCCGAGGUGCUCGUCACCGGAGAGCAGCUGAGGCUGCGGCUCCAUGAGGGGAAAGUGAUCAAGGAUCGGCGGCACCACCUGCGUACUUACCCAAACUGCUUUGUGGCCAAGGAGCUCAUUGAUUGGCUGAUCGAACACAAGGAGGCCUCAGACCGAGACACAGCCAUCAAGAUCAUGCAGAAGCUCUUAGACCAGAGCAUAAUUCACCACGUGUGUGACGAGCACCGGGAGUUCAAAGACCUGAAGCUUUUUUACCGCUUCAGGAAAGACGACGGCACAUUCCCGUUGGACAGUGAAGCCAAAGUCUUCAUGAGGGGGCAGAGGAUCUAUGAGAAGUUGAUGAACACAGAAAACAACUUGUUACAAACCAGAGAGGAGGAGAACGGGACAUUCGAGCGGGCGCUGACGGCCACUGAGUUCAUCGACUGGCUGCUCCAGGAGGGCGAGAUAGCAACCAGGGAGGAGGCAGAGCGGCUGGGACGAAGGCUUCUCGAACACGGCAUCAUCCAGCAUGUAACCAACAAGCACCACUUUGUUGACGGGCCCCUCCUCUACCAGUUCAGGAUGAAUUUCCGGCGUCGACGGCGGCUGAUCGAACUUCUUCAUGAGCGAAGCCGAAGCAUCCCCGAGAGUCACGACAGUCCCUUCUGUCUCCGCAAACAGAACUCAGAUGGAGGCAACACCAGCUUCCUCUCAGUGAGUCCUACUAAAGAGAUUAAGGUGGUGGUCGGAGUUCGGCGGAGCAGCAUGAGCAGCAGCUGUGGCAGCAGCGGUUAUUACAGCAGCAGUCCUACGCUCAGCAGCAGUCCACCUGUCCUUUGCAACCCCAAGUCUGUUCUGAAAAGACAAGUGAGUCCAGAGGAGCUGCAGACACCAGGAGGACCUUUUAUAAAGAAGACAGUAACUAUUGUAGGUGAUGCUGUGGGCUGGGGUUUUGUGGUGCGAGGCAGCAAACCCUGUCACAUCCAGGCUGUGGACCCUGGUGGACCUGCAGCAGCUGCUGGCAUGAAGGUGUGUCACUUUGUGGUGUCGGUGAACGGACGGAACGUCCUCUCUCAGGACUACCGGACCGUCAGCGACCUGAUCCUGACUGGACCCAGGACGAUAGUCAUGGAGGUGAUGGAGGACGCAUAAGUUUGAAUAGAGCCGUGACAGAAUCCCUCAUAGAUGAGUAGUGCAGUAAUAACAUGCGGACUAGAAGGUUUAGUACUUGACCUCAAAACCACAGCAAUAGAGCAACGUGGACGUCUUGAAACACAACUCAUACUCUCUCUGUUCCAACGAUGUUUGGACAAGGUGAAUGACUGAGAGACAGAGUGUGUUUAAGAAACGUAUAAAAGUCAAGUAAAUGAUUCAACCUGUAGACAAAACACGCAGGUUGUGCUUGCUUUUUUUCUUUGGAUAAAGAGGCACAGGCAUAAAAGUGCCACCACUUCUACAGAUGGUGAUUCAACUGCUUCAGUGAGCUCACAAAGGCUCUCAGUCUUAUUGAAAAGGCCUCCGACUUUAUGUGUGGAAGAGGAACCCAUGUUCCCUGUUUUUGUUUGAGUUUAAAACCAGGACUGUUUCAUGAAUCUGUUGCUGAACAUGACGAGUGUUUAAAGGAUGAGAGAUCAGGUUUGUCAUUAAAACCAGGAGAUGAACAUGUACAAGCUGAAAAUGUAACAAAAAAAAAAAAAAAGAAUAUUUCAUGCUGACACAGUCAGUGACCUCUCCUCCAGUUAGUUUCUAACCAUCGACUAAAACUCCUAACGGCUCAACACUGCCCUCUGCUGGAAGAGACAGGAAGACACACAGAGAGGGAGCAUUUAUACUACAGCUACAGUCUGUAAAUCACAAGUCUGGUUUCAGGUUGUUUUUUCCUGCUUGGGCAACCAGUAUGUCAAAUUGCCCUUGUCCUGUAAAAGAAAUUUACAAAUAAAUUGAUGCCCAGGUAGAUUUACGUGUAGCUGCUAGGAAUUAGUUUUCGUGAUAAAUAUGCAGUGAAAAAAUGUAUGUGACAUUAACAGGCACAAUGUAAAUAGAAGAGUUAAAAAAGACUUAACGCACAAGUAAACUGAGGAAUUCCUGCUUUAGAAGAAUGGUGUUUAUCAGAUUAAGCAUCAUAAACUACAGCUAUGAGAACAUUUUGGAGACUUUAUAAGUAUUUUUUAAAGGAAAAAUGUUCCCUGAUCUAUAUUAGUAGUUAGUUAGUUAGUUAGUUAGUUUAGUUUAGUUUUUUUAAGAUGACACAUGCAAACCAGAAACUUCCACAUUGACAUAAGAUGUCAUUAUUUGUAAAGACAUUUGUUGAAAAGAAUAAGAACUCAAGAGAGCAAAUCUUCUCAACUUUAAAAUAUUAGGAAGAAAUUUAAAAUAUUUCUAAGAUGUGUUGCAUUUAUUUCCAAAACACAAAAGACUAGGUGUGUUUCAUACCUGUGAAAACUGCCAAAUAAAUAUUAAACUACAAUUGAAGUCAUGUGCUGCCAACCAGAUUUAAUUUGUAAACUUAAAAGAUUUUCUUUUAGCGAAGAGUAGAUUCAGUUUAAAUUGUAUCUUAAAUUUUCUUUUAUGUUUUUAGAGUGAAAGGAUAGGAUUACUAUAUGAGCACUUGACCUAUUAAACCAUUGUUUUAUAUUGACAUUAGCACUUAAGUGAAAAAAGCUUCCCUUUUAAAAAGAAGAUUUAAAUGCAUACAUACAUACCUAUACUGUAUGGCAGCACAGAUUCUGGAAAUAUCUGGUCAAUAUACUGGAAUGGCAGCAGAAAAACCUGCACAAAUAAUUGUUUCUUUAUAAUUAUUUGGUUGAAAUGAGCCUUUAGAAGAUUAGCUGGACUAAAGAAGGCUUAACGUUUAAAUAAAUAGAUUUUGUAGUCUCCAAAAUAUCAUCAGAAUUAACUGUAUGUGUAUAGACUGUGCCACCAUAUGCUUAGACAUACUAGCAUGAGAAGAUCACAUUUAAAACUAAAUUAUUACAAAAGUAGAGCAUGGAUUAGUGAUGCUCAAGUGGCUUAUACAGUAUGUGUCUGUAACCUAUGUUUAACUCCUGAGUAAACACUUGUGUCUAUAUUGUACAGGUUUCGCCCCUAAAAACUCACACUAUUGGGUUCAUCCUUGCAGGCAAUCGUGAAGAUUUUUUCGCGUCCAUAUGCCCUGCAGGAACUGUCUGACAUCCGCUCCUGCUGCAUAGUUCUGCUCCCAUUUUUGCUUAAACAUCAAGCAGUCAACAGGUGAAUAAGUAAAUGGGAGAAUGACUUGCAUAUAUUGAGCGCCUUUCUAGUCUUCCGACAACUCAAAGCGCUCUAAACUACAUGUCAACAUUCACUUAAUCACACAGUGAUACAGAGGCUGCCAUGCAAAAGUCCUGCGAAAGCCGCCUCGGAGCUGUCCACUCCAGGCGUUUGCUGGUUCUGUGCUCGAUCCUCCACUUCUGCUGGUGGACAUUGGCGUCACAGUGAAGCAUAGACUACAUCAGCUACACCUUUUUUUCCAAAAGCAACAGCUCUAAGAGGGCUCCUUUGGUUCCAUCUACGUUGACUGAAGAAAUGCUUGUUUUAAUCGGGAGCAGAACUUUAGUUGCAAGUGCGGAUGUAAGGGGGGCCCAUGCAGAGCAUUAGGGCGCCCAAAAAAUCUUCAAAAAUGUGCAUGUGCGUGGGGAUUAACCCAACUGCAAGAACUCUUGGAUGGCUACGCCUUUAGUGAAAAAAAUCCGAAAUUCGCUACAUAACUAACAGUACUUGUUUGUUUGCUUUAGACAAAACAACACUGCCUGGUUCAUUGAAUAUCUACUAGGUUUAGAACUGAAGUGAGUUAUUACUAAAUACAAAUGCAGUAAACCUUUUUCUGUUCAACAUGAACAUAUAUUCAGGAAAACCGUAUUGCCAAACAGUAGAAUUAACACACAGUGUAUGUCACAGGGAACUGCCUGCAAGUCUCUGAAGUGAGUUAUUCAUCGGGCAUCUCAUUUGCUGUUCCUCAAUGUGCUUUGAUAUUGUAUGCAGUGAAAUGCAUGAUUCCUGUAAAUCUGUGCUUAUGUAGCAUUGGCCUCUAAUCCAAAGCGCUUCUUCAGUUUAUUGGCAUGUGAGACUGAGUUAUCUGACAAAUCAUUUCAGAAGUAAAGUAGAUUUUAUCAUGCUUUCUGCAAUGCUCCAUUUUCAGGACAAUGAUAAAAGAAGAAAACUUCCUCAGCUGUAUAGAUUAGAAAUAGUACUAUUGAACAUUUUACAGACAUUGGUGAUGUUUUCUGGUUGAUAAACAUUUAUUACAUUUUGUGCAUUUAGUUGCUAAUCUUAAACCUGUUCACUCAAUUUGUUGGGUGAUGCCAUAAAACAUACAUUUUUAUUUUUUGGAGUUUGCUGUGUUUGGAGAAGAUAUAACAGGACACAGAGAUUUGACAUAUUUUGAUGCAUUUACAGAAUUCUUUAAUUAGAUUUUUCCACACAGCUAAUCAGCAGAUAGAGUGACAAAAAUCACUUGUUCUGCAGAAAUGAGUGAUUCUUCUCCAGGGUUUUCAUUAGUCUACUGUAGAUAUACGAUUAAAAGCUGAUCUCUACAUCAGCAUUGGUGAUGAUUCUGAAAAAAAGAGAUGGAAAUGUUUCCUGUUUGUCUGAAGGCAGUUUGGAAAGGUUGAUAAGGGUAACAGUUGAGUUUUGGCAAAUGGAAAUAUGCCAAAGUGUCAAAUGUGUCCCUUCAAAUGUAUAAAAACGUCUGGAGAGAGUUUUGUGGUCAUUAGUUGGCUGAAACGGGUUCACUGACUGUUCAACUAUACGCCUGAAAGCAUUUGCCUUAAGACCUCAUUUUGCUGCUAAUCACAAUUUGUGGUCAUCUUUUCUCUUGUUCUGUUCCCAGAUCUGUUUAUCAAAGACCUUGUAUAUUUAAAGUGCUCAUGUAACAGGUGAUCGUGCCGCAGUUCUGUUGACAAUCAGUAUUUUAUGGACACCACCUUCAAAUAGCACAGCAGGAGUUUCAAAAGCAAUGGUCCGACAGAAUGUAUUUCCUUCUACAUUGUGCUGUUGAUAUUGACAGUUUUGUACUUCAGCUUUGAUGCUUGGUUCACUCAGUUCACUAAUUAAAGGGAUUAUUUUUGCUUAAUGUUCACCUCAUGAGGCCCGAGCUAGGGCCCAAACAUUUUCAGUCUGUUUAUUUUCUCCGCUAUCAGAGAUUGAAUGUCAGGUUUGACGACAAUAUAAGCUCACACAGUUCCACUGUCUGUUUUUGAUAAAACAGCUUAAAGCUCAUUCUGAUGUUCUGAUGUAUUAAACAGUUGAUUAAGUGUUUAAUAAACAAACUG